AUGGCAACCCGCAAGGUCCGAUUCGAUUUCCAAUGCGACCGCACGCUGACCUUUCAGCACGACGUGCCCGCCUCUCUCGUGGGGCCCAACGCGGCCAUGGCGCCGGAUUACCGCGACGGCUACGUCCAGGCGGUGCUGCCGGUGAUGCGGGCGCACAGCGACGAGUGCAUCGCGGCGUCCAACCCCGUCUGCGCCGUGUGCGAAAAGGCGCCCACCAAGUCGGUGCUGACCACGCCCAUGUCGUACCUGCACCUCCAGGAGCCCCUGGUGGCGGUGCUCGUCACGCCCGUCUGCGAGAAGCCCAAGUGCAGCACCGAUGGCCAGCGUCAUGUCGACGCCAUGCUCGCCGAGGUGCUGGGUAUGCCCGAGGGUGAAGUCGUCUCUAGAGACGGUGUCGGCAAGCCGAGUAAGAUCUCUCGCAACGCUCAAUGUCCCUGCGGUUCGAGCCGCAAGUAUAAGAAGUGCUGCGGAGCUGCGUCGACGGAUGAGUCGACUACUGUUUAA